AUGUUAGCGGUGAGGGCAGUGGUUGUGGUGGUAUUUUUGGAAGGUUUUGCGGUGAGGGACAUGGCAAGGAAUUUGAGGAAGCGGCGCGGGAAGGGGCAGCGGCCGGGAGUUUCGCCGGAAAAUUCCACCACCACGGACUUCAACGGCGACAUUGCCGCCCUCUUAGAGAAGCACGUCGAGUCCAUAUCUCCGCCAUUUUACGACGGGGACCGGUGCUUCACUUACUCUCAUGUCUUGGAUGCGGUUCGUUCCCUCAGCUCACGCCUCCGCUCUAUCCUGCUUGGUGCGGAUGACCCACACUUGAUCACUGCACAAUCUCCAGGUAGCAAUGGUGUCAACUGUGAAAAGAGAACUGUGCAGAAACCUGAGUCCUUGGAAACUGUCAUGCCCAGUGAAGAGGCGAUAGCUGAAUCAAGUGAAGAGUAUAGGCCAAAGAUAGUGGGGAUUUAUAUGCCUCCUUCUGUUGAAUAUAUCGUAGCUGUUCUUUCGGUACUUUGGUGUGGGGCAGCCUUCCUGCCUCUAGAUCCUUUUUGGCCAAAUGAAAGGAUAUUGUUAAUUGCCUCUUCUUCAAACGUUGAUCUCAUUAUAGGAUCCCAAUCUUCUUUUGGUAAAAGAAAUUUGGAGAAGCUUGAUGAAUCACAUUGGCUGGUAAAGUCAAGUAGUUGUCCAGUUUUGAAUUACUCCAUUGGCCAAAAACUACAAGAUUGUAGUGGUCCAACAGAUUUGGCAUGGCCAUGUGUUAAUGGAAAACAAAGAUCAUUCUGCUAUGUGAUGUACACAUCUGGAUCAACUGGAAAACCUAAGGGAGUGUGUGGCACUGAACAAGGUAAUUUACUAUAGUGGUUUGCUGUAGCUGUUAUUGCAUGUAAAAGCAACAUUUCGUUGUUAAAAUGUUACAUUCUUUCUUAUCCUUGUUACACAUGAGAAGAAGCAUGUAUUAUUAACAUCAUUUGAUUGUGUUUCCAAGUUUCUCCCAUGUUUCGGUUGUUGACUCUGAAGCAUAAUGUAUUAUUGUUGCAAAUUUCAUGUCGACUAGAAAUAUAGCUAUAUUAUAGUAUAUGUUGGGUUCUUCUAAUGGAUUUACCUGGGAGAGUUGGUACCUAACCUGAGACAUGUGGAUUUGAUACUUCUUGAGCUAUGAACCAACUCCUUAUAUUAUAUUGACGCCACCAUUAACCUAAAAUAUUAAGACAAUGAGUUUGUGGGUUUUUCUCUUUAUAUAUAUUUCUAAUCUUACUUAUCUCUACUCGGGGACUUUUGACUCCAUACUUAAAUUCCCCACAAUCUUCCUCUCAAGUGUGAGUCUCCAGACAUUGCAAACUUUCAUUCCACCUCAAAAGUGUUCUACCCACGAGUCCUCUACUUGUAUAACACCUUCGACAAUGCCAAUUGUUGUUGGGUUCACAACAGUAACAAAGCAAGAAACACUAAAAUAAGAUUGAAAGAAAGCACUCUAUUAUCAUUGGAAGGUAUCACAAUACAUCAUACUUUCCAUGCCCAUAACAGUUUCUAUAUAAAACACCUAAGCUAAGGAAUAACUUAAAACGAUUCAAUGAAAAACUGUUAAGAUAGUUACAA